AUGAUUAUUUACUUAUAAUUAUGAACCAAAUAUUGUUCCAAAUUUGCAGGUUGGAUGAUUGACGAGAACGUUCGUCCCACGUUCAAAGAGCUGGCGAGUGAGUUCACCAGGAUGGCCAGAGAUCCACCUCGCUACCUGGUGAUCAAGGAGGACUGCAGCCAACAGGACGCAGCCGUCGAUGAAGUUCCACAGAAGAGUGUAGAUCUGGAAGAUCUGGACGAUCUGGACCUUGAGCUGAAGGACCAGGAGGAUGACCAGGUUGAUGACGGCAUCGCCUCAGGAUCGUACUACCUGUCCCAGUCCAGAAGCAUCAGUCAUCUCUCCAGACUGGACACACACAGAGUAAGAGACAUGAGGGACAGUUCUACACCAUAUAUAUCUACAUGUAAAUCAGUCAAAG